AGCAGAAUGAAGAUAAACGAAAGUAAACACCGCAACCGUGUAGACUUACAAAACACUAACAGUAAUUUUUCAGUUCAACACGUAAUUGGUAAUUAGAGUAAAAUGAAUUUUAAACGUAUUUAUUCGUAUUCGCCGAGUGGUAUAGUUUUUUGAGAGUUUUGUAUAAAUAUUUAUCUACACGACGAUGACAUUAUCGAAAGAAGCGAUACAUCAAACAUUGGCCAUCAUUCCAGUCGGCUUCAACGAGCUGGCCAUGGGCCUGGGCAACGGAUGGUUAGCACCGACACUGAAAAAACUCCAAGACACCACCGACGAGAUACCACUAACCAUAGAGCAAUGUUCGUGGAUCGGGUCACUACACGAAUUCGGCAGGUUCUUCGGACCUUUAUUUUUAGCCCUGAUUCUAGAUAAACUAGGUCGUAAAAUACUGCUGAUAUUUUGCGCCUUCGUAUUCUUCGCCAUGUGGCUAGUUCUACUCUACACCAAAUCCGUCACCGUUCUAUACGUAACACGAUUCAUAUUCGGAAUCGGUAUAGGUAUCUGCGAUGUGACAUCUUCCAUCUACCUGGGUGAGAACUGCUCGCCAAAAUACAGAGGAAUAUUUUCCAGCAUAACUGUGAUCUCGUUCUACGUAGGCAUGCUAUUAGAAUUUUACCUAGCUACUUAUUUAUCUUAUGAGACUGUUAUAAUUAUAAACCUAAUCGUCGCUUUGGUCGGCCUUCUAUCUAGUUUUUUCCUAAAAGAAACGCCGCAUUUUUUAAUGCUUCGAGAAAACUUCGUAGACGCUGGUAUCACGUUGCAAUGGCUCAAAGGAUCAAUUCUAUGGAACGAUGUGCACGACGAGUUUGAGCAAAUCAAGCACAACGUGGCCGAAGAAAAAAGCAAAUCUUCGUUUCACGAAUUAUACUCGACUCCGGCCAAUUACAAAAGUAUAACGAUCGGAUUCGUACUAAAUUUACUCAUCAUGUCGACCGGAUAUGCAACCAUUAUUGCAUUCGCGUCGUUGAUAUUUCCACCUUCGACACUUCUUUCACCUUACGGGUUCACUAUAUUUUACGGUAUUGAUCAAUUGAUCGCAGUAUGCGUUUCGAUCUUCGUGAUCGAACGAUUCGAUAGACGUGUAUUGAUCUUAUUUGCAUUCUCUAUGUUUGCCAUAAUUCACGCUUGUACAGCCAGUUUGUAUUAUUUUCACGAUGCCAUAUCCUCUUCCGAGUUAUACCCUUGGCUGAUAUUUUCAACGGUCACAGCCUACGGAAGUAUUUACACCUUUGCCUAUCCAGUCAUCCAUAUAAUCCGAGGGGAACUGUUUCCUCAGAGUGUCCGAGUGGUUGGAAGUUGUUUGGCUAUCAUGGCACAUUCCGGCAUGGGUUUCUUAUCAGCUAAGACCUUCCUCAUGGUCGAUACGUAUCUGGGAAUUUACACGAAUUUUAUCAUCUUUUCCGGCGUCAGUAUCGUUGGUUUCAUUUACACGUAUUUUUUCUUACCAGAAACCAGAGGGAAAACGUUACUCGAUAUACAAAAGUUAUUCGUUAAAUGAAACACCAUCUUAGUUACCUAUGUGCACAUAUGAUGAGGGUUUUGAACACGCAUCGUGGCGUCAUAUUCGAUACUUAAGAUAAUUAAAAAGAGGAUCUUAAUGCCUCUUAAGACUAUGUAUGUAUGACUUAAAUAAACGAUAAAGUGCGCUAUUUAUACCUCAAUAAGAUUGGAUAAUUGCCUCGAAUCGAACUAAAAAAGAACUGAUGUAUUUGUACCUUUCAAAGUGCAGCGAGAUUGUUCAAUGUUCGUUUUAUCAUAUGGUUCAUUUGAUUGUAAAAAAAUUACAUGGUUCGUUUUCUAAU